AUCAUUUAUUUGACCUAUAAGUGAACUCGCGGGUUGGCCGCUUGCAUCCCUAACUACAGAGGAUCCUGAUUCAGCUGCAUCGUCUUUGCAAUUGCAUGUAUAAAUACCUAGCCAUUCUUCCAUGCAACUGGCUACUACUAUAAACUAGUACUAUGGAUCAUGGCAGCUACUGUGCCGAUGCCACUGCGGCCACCGUUUGCCAUCUCCAUUGCGAGAUCAGCUCUGUCGAGGUCACUGGUCUCAGCUGCCCCGGAGGCGGCGCGCUGAUCUUCCUCCGGUGCCACGUCCCCGCCGGCGGCGGGAGGACGAUCCAGAUCGACAGCCGCGGCGCCGACGUCGACGGUGGUGGUGGUGCCCGGUCGAUCGACGCGUCGUGGCGCGACGUGGCGUCGCUGAGGUGCGACGGCUCGCCGGCGUGCGUGCGGGAGCUCGUGGACCGGAGGAGCGUGGUGUUCGAGGUGAGGAGGAGGAGGCGGCGGCGGCGGAUCAGGGAUAUGGUCCUGGGGCCCGCCAUGGCGUCCGAGCUGGUGGGCCGCGCCGAGGUGGCGUGGAGGGACGUGGUCGCCGCCGCCGCCGACGACGACGACGACGACGACGCAGCGGUGGUGGUGGAGCGGCGGGUCGAGCUCGCCGCGGGCGCCACGGCGCCCGCGGUGAUGACGAUGUCGGUGAGAAUGAGCGUGCGCGUGUCGGAGACGACGGCGGUGCCGGCCGCCGGCCUUAGCGUUCGCCCUGCGUCGUCGGCGGCGGCGCGAAGGGAGAGCAUCAACGCCGGGUGCGAGUGGAGCGCCGGCGGGGAGGACGACGUGUUCGCCAUGGCUGCUGCUUGCGUCGCCGGCGAUGCGUUCGAGUAGGGCGCGCGCCAACCGCUGUAACCUGAAACUCUGAAAGGAAAUUGGUGACAAACUGACACUGAAUUCGGCGAAAAUCACCUGUGAUUUUUUGGUAUCAACGCAUUGGUGCAGAAGGGGGAUUGCUAAUUAGCAUAGCAUAUUUUGUUUUUCAUAUUUUAUUAGCACUUUGAUAUGAAUUUUUCAGCUCAAAUCG